GACGGAUUUCACCCAGGCCAGCCCAAGCUUGCUCAGCCGGGAAGCCAGCCAGCCCGAACUGGCCACCUCUUUCAACCGGAGCUCCCCUCCAAGCCUCGUCAACCUCUUUCCCUAUAUCUUGCAAGACCUUGGAUCUUGGCCACCUCUGACCUUUUCUUCGACAUUACAAGCAACCGCCGACUGCACGACUGACUUGCUCUCCCCAAGUCUCGCAACCACCCGGAACCAACCAGCCCACCCUUUCGAAGCUCGAGGAGCUUCGCAACAAAGCCGUCACGAUGACGCUCUACUACACACUGGUGUUCAUGCUCCUUAUGGCGGAGAUGGGCCUGUUCAUGCUCCUCAUCGUCCCGAUGCCCUUCUCCCUAAAGAGGCGGGUAUUUACCUUCAUCUCCGAGAACCCCCUCGUCGCCAAGCUGCAGUACGGUCUGAAGAUCACCUUCAUCUUCAUCCUGAUCCUCUUCAUCGACAGCGUCAACCGUGUCUACCGCGUCCAGGUCGAGCUUGCCUCCGUUACAGACGGGGGUAACAAUGCAGCAGCCGUCAUGGGCCACGAGCGCCUGGAGGUGCAGGCCCGCAAGUUCUACUCGCAGCGCAACAUGUACCUGUGCGGCUUCACGCUCUUCCUGAGCCUGAUCCUGAACCGCACGUACAUCAUGAUCCUCGACGUCCUGCGGCUCGAGGAGAAGCUCAAGCAGUACGAGGGCACCGACAAGAAGGGCGGGAAGCAGGCCCAGAAGCUGGGCGAGGCCGGCGGCGCGGGCGAGAUCGCCGAGCUCAAGAGGCAGCUCAAGAAGAGGGACCAGGACAUCGAGACGCUCAAGAAGCAGGCCUCGGGCCUCCACCGCGAGUACGACGAGCUGGCCGAGAAGGUUGGGAACUCGGACGCGCUGCCUAAGAAGGAUAGGUAGAGGGUUUGUUUUUUGGUGGGUGUGUGUCCUCUCCCCCCCCCCCCCGACGGACGCCGGGCUUGGACGGGCUGGGGUAUAUUUUGAUCGUCGCGGGAUCCUCUGCUGUUCUCCGAUGUUGAUCCCGUAGGCACGCAUUUCCCACCUGAAGGCUGGGCUUGGACACGACUAUUGUGGCAGAGUUCCAAAGAGACCGAGUUGGGACGUUUCUCGCUUGAUCAGACUCCCUGUGGAGGGGUCAGCAAGCAGGGUGUGUGCGACAAGAGCAUCAGCAUUCUUGGAAGGCAUGAUGGGAUUCUCAUGGAUGGAGCUUGGGUUGGGAGCAAAAGGAGAAGGAAGAAAAAAAGAGUGACAUGACGUCCGGGUGCUUCCCGGCGACUUGUUGUCAUCGACAACGUAGAAUGAUGGGAGUUUACAUGCAGGUUUUGACAGUCCCAUAGGUGUUAGGGAACGCGUGCUGUAUUUCAUAAUGCAUUGGCUUUAUCACGUGCGUAGAGAGCCAGCUCGCUGCUCUCCCCUCGUCAUCUUGUGGUAUUUGUUGGAAAGGUGACGAUCCCGCUGGGGAAGAACAGUUCACAUUCGUACAGUGGCCGACAACAACGUUUGCUCGCCCACGAGCUCUGCUCAUAUGGGCAGUGCGCGUAUGAGCUCUGCCUGUGGCAGACGACUCAUCCUCUGCCAAAUGGCGUCCGUUGCGGCCGCCCAGCGGCCGUUUUGCUCACUUGUAUGCCCACACCUUGACACCCUG